CGCCGUUCAAACAAACGCACGCACGCACACGUUCGUUCAACAUUGCCGUCCACAACCUAUAUAGCACGCCAUUUUCACCUCACCCCAUCCAAAAGGCAAUCAUCGGUCGUCAGCCGCCAUUCUCGUCGUCGAUCGGCUCCGGCCCAGCGCCUGAUAUCACGCCAGCUCGAUCGCCGCUUUCUUCUACCGUCGAUGGUCACGCCGCUGCCCCGCUUCCGCGCUCGCGCGUUCCGCGGCGCGGCGCGAGGCGCGCCGGCCAAGAUACCGCUCGCCGUGAGGCGGACGUGGCAGCAGCCGAUGUUGGUCGCCGCCGCCGAUUCGGAGCCUGCCGUGCCGACCCACUUCUUGUGCCCGAUAUCGCUCGACAUGAUGCGGGACCCCGUGACGGCGCCGACGGGGAUCACGUACGACCGGGAGAGCGUGGAGGGAUGGCUGGAGCGCGGCCACGCCACGUGCCCCGUGACCGGCCGGCCGCUGCGGCUGGAGGAGCUCGUCCCUAACCACGCCACGAGGAGGGUGAUCCAGGAGUGGUGCGUCGCCAACCGGGGGCUCGGGGUAGAGCGCGUGCCCACGCCCCGCGUCCCGGUCUCCGCUUUCGACGCGUCCGAGCUUCUGGAGGCGGUAUGCGCGGCCGCGAGGCGCGGCGACGGGCCGAGGUGCCGGGAGCUGGUCGCGAGGGCCAGGGCGCUCGGGAAGGAGAGCGAGCGCAACCGCCGGUGCUUCGUGUCCGCCAGCGCCGCCCGCGCGCUCUCGUCGACGUACUGCCAUCUUGCCGGCCAGCGGGUGGUGCCAGCGACGGCCCUAGAGGAGAUCCUGGCGGCGAUGGUCGUGUUCUUGCCUCUUGACGAGGAGUCCAGGCGCCACAUUGCCUCCCCGGCGGCGCUGGAAUCCGUCGUGUCUAUCCUCUCCCACAGCGAGCCCCUAGCGCGGGUCAGCGCCGUCGUCGUUCUCCGCGAGAUCGCCUCCUCAUCCGACCGGCAGUGCCUCGAGGCGAUGGCCAAGACCACCGGCAUAUACGCGGCGCUCGUCAAGCUCCUGGAGAAACCCGUCUCGCCCCAGGCCACCAAGGCGGCGCUGGUAACCGCGUACUACCUCGUCAUGCACACCGAGCUCGCCGCGUCCCGCCUCGUCGACCUCGGCGCGGUGCGGCUCGUCCUCGAGCUGCUGGUGGACGCCGACAAGGGCGCGACGGAGAAGGCGCUGGCCCUGCUGGACAGCCUGCUCCUCACAUGCAAGGGCCGCGACGAGGCGUACGCGCAGGCGCUGGCCGUGCCGGUGAUCGUGAAGAAGAUGCAGCACGUGUCCGACAUGGCUACGGAGUUCGCCGUGUCGGCGCUGUGGCGGCUGUGCAAGAACUCCCCGGCGGAGGGCGACGGGUGCAAGGCCGAGGCGCUGCAGGUCGGCGCGUUCCAGAAGCUGCUCCUGCUGCUGCAGGUGGGCUGCGAGGGCGCCACCAGGGAGCGGGCGAGCGAGCUGCUCAGGAUUCUCAAUGGAUCCAGGGACGGCGCCGAGUGCAUCGACACGCUGGAUUUCAAGGCGCUCAAGAGACCCUUCUGAGUGUGCAUAUUGGAACUUGGUUACGAUCGAUGUGGAUAGAACCAUGCAGACACAAUUAGGUUUAGAUUCUCUCUCUCUCUCUCUUUGGAAGAACUACCGUGCUCAAGGGGGAGUAUUUUUGGAACCUGGGAAUAUACGGUUCCACUCAAAAUUAGCCAAAAAAAAAGACAUCUACAAGUUGUAAAAAAUAUAUAUGAAAAGAAUCAUCCAUGCAACAGGUA